CCUCAUGCUGGUUUCUCUCUCCUCACAAUGCUUUGUGAAAGAAAGUGGAAGUACCUUGUCUCUUGCUGUAUCUUUAUUCUUUCAUUCCGUUUUGCUUUCACUCCCACUCCAAAAAAGGGAAAAAGCAAAUGGCUUGGAUUCAUUCAGAAUGUCUAACCUGCCUGUACUCUGAGCAGUGUGAGAGAGAGAGCAAGCUGCUCUUACUGCAGGUUUUUUCAUGCAGGCUUUCCCUUUCCUUUAAAACUGUGCAGCCCACCCUUGAGCAGAAAGCUGAUUGCUUCCAUUCAGCCACAUUUGGUAUGCAUGAGCACUGCUGCUCCAAGACAGGAGGUUGCUUUCUUAAGGAGGAUCAGUGGCUAAGGCAAAUACACUUUGCCAGCCUUCCAUCCAAGUUCCAGGAAGCAUCUGUCCUACGGAAUUGCAGGUGUGGACAUGAUGAAUGUGGGAUGUCAAAACUGUGGAGGACCAUUUGUUUUGUAGGCAUUAUAAGGUUUGCAGUUCAUUUUCCAGUGGAAUUUUUAGAGGGUCAUGAGUCAAACUGAUGCUCCCCGACCACUAAACUGGACCAUUCGGAAGCUAUGCCAUGCUGCUUUUCUCCCAUCUGUCAGACUUCUUAAGGCUCAGAAAUCAUGGAUAGAGCGAGCAUUUUACAAGAGAGAAUGUGUUCACAUCAUACCCAGCACCAAAGACCCCCAUAGGUGUUGCUGUGGGCGUCUAAUAGGUCAACAUGUUGGAUUGACUCCAAGUAUUUCCAUUAUUCAGAAUGAGAAAAAUGAGAGCAGACUGGCUCAAAAUGACAGCCAGCCAGAGAAGUGGUCCAUCAGCAAGCACACUCAACUCAGCCCAACUGAUGCCUUUGGGACAAUUGAGUUUCAAGGAGGGGGUCACUCCAAUAAAGCCAUGUAUGUACGUGUGUCUUUUGACACAAAGCCUGAUCUUCUUCUCCAUCUGAUGACUAAAGAGUGGCAACUUGAGCUUCCCAAGCUUCUCAUCUCUGUGCAUGGAGGCCUUCAGAAUUUUGAACUUCAGCCAAAACUCAAGCAAGUCUUUGGAAAAGGCCUCAUCAAAGCGGCCAUGACAACUGGAGCAUGGAUAUUCACUGGAGGAGUAAACACAGGAGUCAUUCGGCAUGUUGGAGAUGCAUUAAAGGAUCAUGCCUCAAAAUCCAGAGGGAAAAUCUGUACCAUUGGUAUAGCCCCCUGGGGAAUUGUAGAGAAUCAAGAGGACCUGAUUGGCAAAGAUGUGGUACGACCAUACCAAACAAUGUCCAAUCCUAUGAGUAAACUCACAGUACUCAAUAGUAUGCAUUCCCAUUUUAUUCUGGCUGACAAUGGGACCACCGGCAAAUAUGGAGCAGAAGUAAAGCUUCGUAGACAGCUGGAAAAGCACAUCUCACUUCAGAAGAUAAACACAAGAAUUGGGCAAGGGGUUCCAGUAGUGGCACUUAUUGUGGAAGGUGGGCCCAAUGUUAUCUCUAUUGUGUUGGAGUACCUACGAGACACUCCGCCUGUUCCUGUUGUGGUAUGUGAUGGCAGCGGCCGUGCGUCUGACAUCCUUGCUUUUGGUCACAAAUAUUCUGAAGAAGGAGGACUUAUCAAUGAGUCUUUGAGGGACCAGUUACUAGUCACUAUCCAGAAGACUUUUACCUACACUCGAACCCAGGCACAGCAUCUCUUCAUAAUCCUCAUGGAGUGCAUGAAGAAAAAGGAGCUGAUUACAGUAUUUCGCAUGGGAUCAGAAGGACACCAGGACAUUGAUUUAGCUAUCCUGACAGCACUGCUAAAAGGAGCUAAUGCAUCUGCUCCUGACCAACUGAGCCUAGCUUUGGCCUGGAACAGAGUAGACAUCGCUCGGAGUCAGAUCUUUAUUUAUGGGCAACAGUGGCCGGUGGGGUCUCUUGAGCAGGCAAUGCUGGAUGCCUUGGUGUUGGACAGAGUGGAUUUUGUGAAAUUGCUCAUUGAGAAUGGAGUAAGCAUGCAUCGGUUUCUCACCAUCUCCCGACUAGAGGAACUGUACAAUACGAGACAUGGACCGUCCAACACUUUGUAUCAUCUAGUGAGGGAUGUCAAAAAGCGAGAAUAUCCAGGUUUCGGUUGGAUCUAUUUUAAGGGUAACCUACCUCCAGAUUACAGGAUAAGUCUGAUUGAUAUUGGCCUGGUGAUUGAGUAUCUAAUGGGAGGAGCUUAUCGCUGCAACUACACCCGAAAACGGUUUAGAACCCUCUACCACAACUUGUUUGGACCCAAAAGGCCAAAAGCCCUGAAACUGCUGGGAAUGGAGGAUGACGUUCCUUUGCGAAGGGGAAGGAAGACCACAAAAAAGCGAGAAGAAGAAGUGGAUAUUGAUUUGGAUGAUCCUGAGAUUAACCAUUUCCCUUUCCCCUUCCAUGAACUGAUGGUGUGGGCCGUGCUGAUGAAGCGUCAGAAGAUGGCCCUCUUUUUCUGGCAGCAUGGGGAGGAGGCCAUGGCUAAGGCUCUAGUGGCCUGUAAACUCUGCAAAGCCAUGGCCCAUGAGGCAUCAGAAAAUGACAUGGUAGAUGACAUCUCCCAGGAGCUGAACCACAACUCCAGGGAUUUUGGCCAGCUGGCGGUGGAGCUGUUGGACCAAUCGUAUAAGCAGGAUGAGCAGCUGGCAAUGAAACUGCUGACCUACGAAUUGAAGAACUGGAGUAAUGCCACAUGCCUGCAGCUCGCAGUGGCAGCCAAACACCGAGAUUUCAUUGCUCACACUUGUAGCCAAAUGCUGCUCACAGACAUGUGGAUGGGCCGACUCCGGAUGCGCAAAAAUUCAGGUCUAAAGGUAAUUCUAGGAAUUCUACUUCCUCCUUCAAUUCUCAGCUUGGAGUUCAAGAACAAAGAUGACAUGCCUUACAUGUCUCAGGCCCAUGAGAUCCAUCUACAAGAGAAGGAGCCAGAGGAACCAGAAAAACCUGUAAAGGAAAAGGAAGAGGAGGACAUGGAACUCACAGCAAUGUUGGGACGAGGGAAUGGAGAAUCAGCAAGAAAGAAAGAGGAAGAGGAAGUUCACAGCAGGCACAGACUGAUCCCUUUUGGAAGGAAGAUCUAUGAGUUCUACAAUGCUCCUAUAGUUAAGUUUUGGUUCUACACGUUGGCAUACAUUGGGUACCUGAUGCUGUUCAACUACAUUGUGCUAGUGAAGAUGGAUCGUUGGCCUUCUACACAAGAAUGGAUAGUUAUCUCCUAUAUUUUCACAUUGGGAAUAGAGAAGAUGAGAGAGAUAUUGAUGUCAGAGCCUGGGAAGCUGUUACAGAAGGUAAAGGUGUGGCUCCAAGAGUACUGGAAUGUUACAGACCUCAUAGCCAUUCUCCUGUUCUCUGUUGGAAUGAUACUUCGUCUGCAGGAUCUGCCAUUCAGGAGUGAUGGGCGAGUCAUAUACUGUGUUAACAUAAUUUACUGGUACAUACGUUUGUUAGACAUCUUCGGUGUGAACAAGUAUUUGGGACCAUAUGUUAUGAUGAUUGGGAAAAUGAUGAUAGACAUGAUGUAUUUUGUCAUCAUUAUGUUGGUGGUUCUGAUGAGCUUCGGUGUUGCAAGGCAGGCAAUUCUCUUCCCCAAUGAAGAGCCUUCAUGGAAGCUGGCAAAGAACAUUUUUUACAUGCCCUAUUGGAUGAUCUAUGGGGAAGUGUUUGCAGACCAGAUAGACCCUCCUUGUGGCCAAAAUGAAACUAGAGAGGAUGGCAAAAUAAUCCAGCUGCCCCCCUGCAAGACAGGAGCAUGGAUCGUUCCUGCCAUCAUGGCAUGCUAUCUCUUGGUUGCAAAUAUCCUUCUGGUGAACCUUCUCAUUGCUGUUUUUAACAACACUUUUUUUGAAGUCAAAUCUAUAUCCAACCAAGUGUGGAAAUUUCAGAGGUAUCAAUUAAUCAUGACUUUUCAUGAACGGCCAGUCCUACCACCUCCUCUGAUCAUUUUCAGCCACAUGACUAUGAUUUUCCAACACCUCUGCUGCAGAUGGCGGAAACAUGAAAGUGACCAAGAUGAGAGAGACUAUGGACUAAAAUUAUUCAUAACCGAAGAUGAACUGAAAAAAGUGCAUGACUUUGAGGAGCAGUGCAUAGAAGAAUAUUUUAGAGAAAAGGAUGAUAGAUUCAAUUCGUCCAAUGAUGAAAGAAUACGUGUCACUUCUGAAAGGGUAGAGAACAUGGCCAUGCGUCUGGAGGAAGUGAACGAGCGAGAACAUUGUAUGAAGGCUUCACUUCAGACUGUAGACAUCCGGCUUGCUCAGCUGGAGGACGUGAUAGGACGAAUGGCUGCAGCCUUAGACAAGCUGACUGGUAUAGAGAGAGGGGAAACUACUAAGAUACGAUCUAGAACCUCCUCAGACUGCACAGAUGCAGCCUACAUUGUGAGACAGAGCAGCUUCAAUAGCCAGGAAGGGAACACUUACAAGCUUCAAGAGAGCAUAGAUCCUGCAGGAGAGGAGUCAAUGUCCCCGACCUCUCCUACCGUCACACCCCGCCUGCGAAGCCACUCGUUUUAUGCAGUGAAUAUGAAAGACAAAUGUGGGUUAGAGAGGUUGGAAAACAUUUUUAAAGAAAGGUCCGUGAGCCUGCAUCGAGCCAGUAGCUCACACUCGGUAUCGAAAGAAGCAAAAGUACCGUUAGCCCCUACAAGCACUUUGUCAAUCGCCCCAGACUCCAGAAGGCCUUCAUCUUGCAUAGAUAUUUAUGUUUCUGCUAUGGAUGAAUUGCAUUCUGGAAUAGAACCUCUCGACAGUUCAAUUAAUAUACUUGGUACUGGCGACCCAUCUCUGCAGGCUCAAAUAGCCUCUUCAGUUCUAGCAAACAGCACCUAUAUUAGUAGUACUCCCAGUGACAGAAUUUCUGGCAGGAGUAUUGAUUGUGAGGAAACCUCUACAGUAGAAACAAGAGUGUUUUCUUCAGACUAUUCACAUAUCACAGAUACCCAAAACCUCUGGGAUUCAGAGCCGCCUUUGUAUCAGACCUUAGAGCGAUCUAAAAGCAGUCGCUAUCUAGCUACUGCCCCAUUUAUUCUAGAGGAAACCCCAAUCGUAAAAUCUCAUAGUUUUAUGUUCUCUCCUUCUCGGAGCUACUUCAGCAGCCUAGGGAUGCCAGUCAAAACAGCAGAGUACACAAGUAUUACAGACUGUAUAGACACCAGGUGCGUCAGUGCUCCCCAGACCAUUGCUGAAAGAUCCAAUUUUCCGGGAAAUCAUGGAGAUAAAGUAGAUGACUUGGGAUGCUGUCACCCAGAGAGAGAAGCGGAGCUAAGUCACCCAUGCUCUGAAAAUGAGGAUAUUGAAACCAAAGACAAAAGGGGGGCUUCUUUAUCUCCUCAAGAAAGCAGCACAACAAGAACGCUGUCCAACAACAUACCACUUCCAAAAAUAGAACGGGCCAACAGUUAUUCAGCAGAUGAGUCCAACAUGUUGUAUGCACACACAAGGAAAAGCUACUCUAUCAGCGAUAAACUUGAUACUCAGCGUAACACAACGGGCCCACGAAAUCCAUUCCAGAGGAGUAAGUCAUCCAAGCCAGAGAGUAGAGGAGACAACUUAUCUAUGAGAAGACUGUCCAGAACAGGCGCCUUCCCUAGCUUUGAAAGUAAGCACAGUUAGACAUGCAUUACAGGAGGUCUAAGAGUCAUCUGCUCUCCAGUCCAUUUUCCUUAGCAGAAUAAAAUAACCUCAUGCUGUGAUAUGCCAACUAAAGUCAGAGUCUGCCAAUGGUCAGGUUAGCACUUCGUUAAUCUCAUUGUCACCCACUGAGUUACUGGAUUCUGACCGAGUUGACAUUUGCACUUAAGGAAAGAGGGAGGGAGGAAAGCUUUAUAAAGACUUUAAUUUAAAAAAAGAAAAAACCCACCAUCAUGAAGCCUUGAGUAAUGGAGGAGUACGGUCAGAAAUCUGCCUUUUGCUAGAAGACAUCCUAGGAUUUCUGAUAAUUAUUCAGGAUUUCUAGGAUUUUUUUUUUUUUAACACAGGGCUAAAUUGGCAAAAAGAAAAGCAUAAAAAUGAGACACUCUAAACUGAUUUCCUUUUAUAUCAGUUCCAUCUGAAAGAGAUUAUCAUUGGGGUCUAUAGAAAUCAGCAGUAAACACAUUCUAAAGUCCCGCCCGCUCCCCCCAUCCCCCGCUUCAAAUCCCCACACUGAUCAUUGUAAAGACACACAAGGCAACACUCCUAUAGUACACCAGUUUCUCUUUAUAUUGAAUUCUAGUGUCACAAAAUAUUUAUAUUUUCAAAAUGGGAAAGGAAAAAGAACUGUCUUUUGCAAUGUAAAUGAAGGAAGAAUUUCUGUAAAAAAAAAAAAUGUAAAUUGUCAGGUGGUUUCCUGUACUAAACAGGCACUGUAGUACAGUUGAGCCAAGCUCAGGACGAAUGUAAUUAAGUGGAAUAGUAUAUAUUUAUUUUUUUACCACAGUUAUCAAUAUAUUGUCUCACUAAAUUAAAAGAUGUCAUGGAACAGUAAGAAUAAUGGGCUGAAAUGAUCAAAGCAGAGCAUGAGUGAUAUCAUUAUAUUCUCACUGUUCUCUGCAAUAUUUCCAUUGCUUCCAUUAAUUAUCACCUCCCAAUUGCUACCAUAUUCUUGCUAGUCCGUUUUCAGGCUGCUCACAUCAUUCACCCAACACAAUCAUUAAUAUUUUGCUUACUGAGGCAGUUGUAGCUAAAUAUUCAAAACAUCCCAUACAAAGUUUAUCAAGUAGCUUGAUUUCAUAUUAUCGUUGUUUAAUGGAAAUGUUCCUGGCAGAGUAUUUCAAAACAAUAAAAAAAAAAAAAGACUUUAGUGGUAAGCUAAAGCACCAAAGUGAAAGCCGAUAUUUGUUAAGAGCAAAAGUCAUCGGUUGCAAGUAUUCUUCCAUUAAGUAGCAAAAUAGAACAAAUCACAGCAUGCAUUUUAAUAAAUAUUCUGCCCUCAAUUUAUUUGGGGUCCCUCCACACAAAAGUAAUGAGUAACUCUUCUUAUGCAUCUGAGUGCAAAACUUUGUUCAUCAUGUUCAGAAGGUGUUUGCCUUCUUUUGGUCAUAUAAUAGUCUAGAGCCUUAAAAAUAGUAAUUUAAUCACAGUUUCACAUCAUUUUAGAGGGGGAAAUCUUUGAAAAUCCUAUCCACAUUAACCAUAAUAAAGGGACAUGGAUGGUAGUUUGUUUUAGACUGUUUUAUUUUUCAAUGUAUGGUCACAGCAUUAGCUUCCAGACUUCUCUAAGUUACCUAUAAGGUUUUGAAGUAUUGCAUGUCCAUUAAUUUUAGUGGAAAUCGGCCAUGCAAAUCUCGAGAGGCAUCUCUGAAAUUCUCAGACUUAUUUA